AUGGGCAUCAGACUACUCAGCCUCUCUGGUAAAGUCUACUCCCAAGUGCUGGAAAUGAGGUUUCGGCCAAUAGUUGAACCUCUGAUUGAAGAAGAACAAUGCAGGUUUGUCUUGGUCAUGCAACAACUGACCCAGCUCUUCACUCUCACAAGGAUCCUGGAGAGCGCCUGGAAGUAUGCUCAUCCAGUCUACAUGUGUUCUGUGGACUUGGAGAAGUCGUACCAUUGGCCUUGGAUGUCACUUAUUCGGAACUGGAACCAGUUAGCGGUGACCCAUCCAGGGUACAUGGCCUUCCUUACCUAUGACCAGGUGAGUCGUCUGAAACACUACCUGCACAGACCUGGAAGCUAUAUAUACCGUCUGAGCUGCACGAGGAUGGGCCAGUGGGCCAUUGGCCAUGUGACCACGGACGGUGCUGUUGUGCAGACUAUUCCACAGAAUACACCUCUCUACCUGGCACUCAUUCAGGGAUUCAAGGAAGGCUGCUACUUGUACCCAGAUGGCCGCGAUGUGAACCCUGACCUGACGAGCCUGUGUGAACCUUCCCAGAGGGGUAAAGUCAAAGUCACAGAGGAGCAGUAUGAGCUCUACUGUGAUAUCGGCAGUACUUUCCAGCUGUGCAAGAUCUGUGCAGAGAGGGAUAAGGACACUCGUAUCCAACCCUGUGGACAUCUCCUGUGCCAACCCUGCCUCUCCGGAUGGCAGAAGUCAGCUGGCCACACCUGUCCUUACUGUCGCUGUGACAUCAAAGGCACAGAGUCCAUCCUGAUUGAGCCAUUCUUGCCAAGCAACAAUCAGAACAACAGUGAGGACGAGGAAGAUGACAAUGACCAUGAGGAUAUUGAACUGCUGAUAAAGGAAAUGGCUGCUAUGAAAAAGCUCUCAAGUUUGGAAUAUCAGGUUCAAACCUCCUCCCUCAAUGCUCCAGCACUGCCCCCAAAAGAUACAACAACACCAUCUGCUCCCACACAGUCUCGGCUAUCCAAAUCCAAUGUCCUGACCAAACACUCCCACUCAGCUCACAGUGGAAAUGUACAGAGAAGACACAAACAACAUGGAACUGUGAGCAGACAUCUGGGACCAUCAGAUAAUAUCCAUCAGAGACAUUCUGGCUCAGGUCCGCUUGUGCCCUGCCCACUCUCCUGCAGUGCAAUGGACCAGGUAACAGAAGGGGCGGUUUCUUCUUCCUCCCAGAUGGCUGGAGAUGGUGGAACUGUACUGCCUGGACCUUCAAACCCCAUCAACCAAAAAAGAAGACAUAAAGAAAGUCAUGAAAAACAAGCAGGGAUCAGAAACAGUACAUCAUCUCAACAAGAAAUGGCGAGGACAAUGUCAACCUGACAAAACUGACCUCUGGUAUCAAAUGAUCAUUUCAGUCUUUUGACAGAUGCAGAGAACCGAAACACCAUUUCCAAGGAAACCAGCCUUCAGUGAAUGUAAAAAUAAUUGGGUGUCAUGUGUGAAAGAUAAAAUGACUUCAUGAGCGGGUAGAAAAAUUGGCCACAGAAGUCAUGGACUGUUUAAUGAUCACACUGCGUUUAUCUCAACAGUGGGAUCAGUAAAAUACAAAUAUUGUGUCACUGUCCUGAAGUUAUGCUUUCAAGAAGCCACUGAAAUGAAAAGCUGAAUAGAUGUUCACUGUCAUCAUGUGGGAAAAAUGCUUUACUGUUUGAUAUUUGCACACUCAGAAGGAAUAUGUUGGAGUUCAGAUGUGAAUACUGUUCUUUCCAUAUGUUUUCUCACGGAAAAUGUUUUUAUUACUUUAGCUGUCCAUCACAGCAGAUUUGGAAGGAAUAAUAAAUAUGAUCUGCUGGACUCUCA